AUGGUCUCAAAGGGAUUGCAAGUGUCAUUUGAAAAAGACAAAUGCAUCAUUACCGCAGGACCAACUUUGGUCGCUACAGCGAAUCAAGUUGGAGAUUUGUACUUACUUGACGUGAUGAAUGAAACUCUCUCUGCUCACGUAGUUACUCUUCAGACGCUACAUGAACGCAUGGCCCAUGUUAAUGUACAAGGAAUCGCAUCAAUGAUUCACAAUAAUGUAGUAAGUGGCAUCAACGUUCGUCAAAGCGAUGUGAUCACUGCAAUAUAUCCGACGUCUGACAAUCACUCUUUCAUUUGUCCUGCGUGCGUGUUUGGGAAAGCAACGCGAUCAGUAAUCCCGAAACAGCGAUCAUCGUCUCGAGCACAGAACUGUCUUGACUUGGUACAUUCUGACGUCUGCGGUCCACUCGAAGUACAGUCAGUUGGUAGCUCGAGAUACUUCAUUACAUUUGUAGAUGAUCACUCAACCUGGGUAGUUGUGUACACGAUGAGAAAUAAAUCUGAGGCCAAGGCGCAUUUAGAAUUAAACGGUACGCAGCACCAACUCACAACGGCGUACAACCCUGAACAAAAGGGUGUUGCUGAACGUUUAAAUCGAACUUUGAUUGAUUUUGUCCGCUCUAUGCUUUCUCAUAAACAGGUCAGUAAGCGAUUCUGGGCCGAGGCUCUUGCCACUUCGAUAUAUGUACGCAAUCGAGUUACUUCACGCGCUUUGCCCGUUAAUACAACCCCGCACCACAUUUGGAUGAAUUCCACUCCAAACGUUGGACAUUUGCGAGUAUUUGGGUCAAAGUGUUGGUAUACAUUACCAAAAUUAGAGCUCCGUAAGCUUGACUUGCGAGCGCGUGAGGCGAUGUUUCUUGGGUACUCGCAAUGCAGUAGGGCAUACAAACUUUGGGACGGAGAGUUGAAUAAAAUUGUUGUGUCACGGGAUGUCAAGUUUGAUGAAUCGACAUGUGGGAUGCAUGACAUUCCUGCACAUGAAAGUGAUUCAACAAACUCUGAUGAUGACGUCGGUGAAGUUUCGGAGGAGGUUCUUGAAAACGAUGGCGCUCGAUCUGUAAGUGAGAAUGAUGAUGAUGAAGAUGAUGUACCUCCUCCCGUCGAAACUCCGAAUGUCACCGCUCCAACUCCGACUCCAGCUGUACGAAGAUCGUCUCGAGUCAGCAGACCUCCCGCAUCAUGGUGGAGGAGCAACUUUGCAGCUGCCCUUCUUUCACAUGCGCAUAUCGCUAUUGAAGGUUCCAAGACUUUCAAGCAGGCAACCAACGGUCCUAGAGCUGCAUUUUGGCAAACCGGCAUUGACAAAGAACUUUCCUCGCAGACCAAGAAUCGGACUUGGAAACUUGUUCCUCGAUCUGAGGCGUCAAACAUCUUCACAUCUCGAUGA